CAGCUCGCCCUAGAUUUUCAGUCUCUUGAUACUCUGUAUCCAGAAUUUGGGUAUUUUCAUUCCUAGACCCUAGUCGAUCAUUCACUGGGAUUCCAGUUUUGAAGCCCAUAAUAUAGAUUUUUGCAAUUCUUCCUUUCAAGUUUCUUGAUUUCUCUGAGAACCGCAUGGUGGAUACUGGAAUGGCAAGCGAAGAUUCCCAAAUAUAUCAUGAAACUCAAAGGCUGCAGUAUUGCCUAAUUCAUUGCCUGAACAAUCUUUUUCAGGAAAAGGAUGCCUUUACUCGGGGAGGCUUGAAUGCAAUUUCUGAAAAACUUACGUCCGAUGAUCCUGAACGAGCAGACUGGACGCCAUUAUCAGUUGUUUUUAAGCCCCAUCAUAACGUCCUGACUGGAAACUACGACAUAAAUGUUCUGAUUGCGGCCUUGGAAGAGAGAGGGAAGAGUGUAGUCUGGCAUGAUCGUCGUAAUGGAGCUUCCUCCAUUGAUCUCAAUGCACCUGAUGAAACUUUAAUGGGGAUUGUGCUUAAUGUCCCAGUUAAGAGGAUUCUUGGCCUUUGGAAAAGCAGACACUGGGUUGCAUUGAGGAGGAUUGAUGGGGUGUGGUAUAACUUGGACAGUGAUCUUGCUUCACCAGAACCUUUCAAAGAUACAGAUGAAGUUUGGGGGUAUUUGGAUGCUGUCAUUGCUUAUGGUGGUGAGGUUUUGCUUGUCAUGAAUGAGAAACAGUCCUGAAACCCUUCACCCUUUUUGGCUUUAGUUGUUUUAAUGCAAGCUUGACUGUAGAUUGUGUUCAUUUGUGUACAGUACCAGCUUGAUGAUGGGUUUUUGGAGUAUACAGCUACACAACUAAAAGAAAAAUCUUAGCCCUGUUAAUAACAGGAAAUCAUCAGGGCAAUUUUGUUUGUGAAAGAUAUUUCAAUAAUAAGCAAUAGAGGGUUCCCAGAAGGUUAGCCCUGGUGAAUGCUUUGACUUGAAUUG